UACGCGGCGUCGAUCGCGCGCCAGAGCUCCGCCCCCGGGGGAGUCCGUCUUGUCGCUGGCGUUAAGCGCGUGUGCGUCGCCAUCCCUGUUUCCGCCGAGGUCGGCAGCAGCGGCGGCGGGAGCGAGACCGCCGGAGGGUCUCACGAAGAUUUGGAACUGGGAUGUGGAGGGAUGUGCGAGCCUAGCAAGCAGGACUUGGUGGCUGUCUUCAAGCGGCUCCGCGCCAUUCCCACGAACAAGUUAUGUUUCGACUGUGGAGCAAAAAAUCCAAGCUGGGCAAGCAUAACUUAUGGGGUUUUCCUCUGUAUUGACUGCUCGGGGACUCAUCGCUCACUUGGAGUUCACUUGAGUUUCAUUCGGUCUACAGAAUUAGAUUCAAACUGGUCAUGGUUUCAGUUGAGGUGUAUGCAGGUUGGAGGUAAUGCAAAUGCUUUUGCAUUCUUUCAUCAGCAUGGUUGUGCCACAAAUGAUACCAGUGCCAAGUACAGCAGUCGUACUGCGCAGCUCUACAGAGACAAGAUUAGAUCUCUUGCAGCUCAGGCAACACGGAAACAUGGCACUGAUUUAUGGAUAGAUGCCUGUGGAGCCCCUCCUUUAUCACCUCAAGAGAAAGAAGAAGACUUCUUUGCAUCUCACAGCUCUACCCGGGUAAGUUUUUGAUUAUAUGGAAUUUUACCUAUAUGUGGAGUAAUAGAACUAACAUGGAUCAUCAUUAGAGAUGUCUCAGUAGCACUUGAAACGUUGUUGGCCCCUGCUGUAUUCCCAUGCAUCACAACAAAAUGCUGAAAGUUGGUCGUGUCUCUCCACAGUCUUCUCCAGGUUAAAUAAAUCAGUGCAUCUAGCUGUUCCUCUUAAGCUUUUCUUUUCAGGCCCUUUAUCAUCUUGGACGUGUUCCAAUUUGUCAUUGUCCUUCCUAAAAUGCAGUACCCCAAACUGGACACAAUAGUCUAGGUACAUUCUGAUCAAUGUAGAAUAAAAAGGAACAAUAAUUUUAUUUU